AUGGUGGAAGAAGGAGGUGUCACCGUCUGUGUGAGGGUGCGCCCGCUAAUUAAAAGAGAAAAUGAAGAGCUUGAAGAGAAGGUGCAGGUUUCAUGGAAAAGUGAAGACUGUACUGUAUCGCAAAUAGAUGGAACCAAGUCCUUCACCUUUGAUCAAGUGUUUCAUUCCAAGGAUAGCACUGCAGAGGUCUACAAGGGUGUGGCUGCUCCAAUUAUAAAGUCUGCUGUUCAGGGAUACAAUGGUACGAUUUUCGCUUACGGGCAGACCGCAUCCGGCAAAACGUACACUAUGUUAGGUACACAAGAUUGUCCUGGUAUAUUACCAAUGGCAAUCAAUGAUGUAUUCAAUACCAUCUGCAAAAUUCCAGACAGGGAAUUUCUGCUCCGGAUAUCAUAUAUGGAGAUUCACAAUGAGAGUAUACAAGACCUACUGUGCAGUAACAUUAGGAAAAAGAAGCCACUGGUUGUUCGCGAAGACAUCAAUAGGACAAUUUACGUUGAAGACUUAAGUGAAGAAGUGGUGACUUCUCCUGAGCAGGUUUUGAGCUGGCUACAGAAAGGCGAAAAAAAUAGGCACUAUGGUGAGACAAAAAUGAAUGAAAGAAGCAGCCGUUCUCAUACAAUUUUCAGAAUGAUCAUUGAAAGCAAAGAAAAGACAGAUACUUCCAGCUCAAGCUAUGAAGGAGCUGUAAUGGUCUCUCACUUGAACUUAGUAGAUCUGGCGGGAAGUGAAAGAGCUAGCCAAACAGGUGCUGAAGGGAUUCGGCUUAAAGAAGGAUGCAAUAUAAACCGCAGUCUUUUUAUCUUGGGCCAGGUUAUCAAGAAACUAUGCGAUGAUCAGACUGGAGGCUACAUUAGCUACAGAGACAGCAAGCUAACACGAAUUCUGCAGAAUUCACUGGGUGGAAAUGCGAAGACAGUUAUCAUCUGCACAGUUACUCCAGUGUCCCUAGAAGAAACUCUUAGUACUCUUCAGUUUGCCAGUACAGCUAAGAAAAUGAAAAAUACUCCUAAAGUAAAUGAAGUUCUUGAUGAUGAGGCCCUCCUGAAGAGGUACCGUACAGAAAUAGAGGACUUGAAACGGCGCCUGGAAGAAGUAAGUCUCCUCUAGUUACAAGUUUCAUCACACUCUCAUACAAAGGAUCAGCUAGCACAGCUCCUGGAAGAAAAGAACUCCCUUCAAAAGCAGCAGCAGGAAAGGAUAAGAGCGCUAACUGAGAUGCUUGUGACAGCCUCUUCCUUCUCACGAGAACAAGAGCUAAACGCUAGAAGGAAGAGGAGAGUUACCUGGGCUCCAGGGGCAAAAAGCCAGGAUGGGUCAAUGAGUUUCCUGGAUGACUUUUCUGGUAGAGCCAAACAUUUUAAAGCCUCUUUGUGGUCGUUAACAGAGAUGGAAGAAUCUGUAUCUUCAGAAUUCUCUGAAUAUGACGAUCAAUGCGUGACAGUCCGUGCUGCAGUCCCUGAAGAAGAGCGGGUCCCAGGAUCUGAAAUAAAUUUUAUUCAUAAAGGUUUUGAAGAGUCUGUUCAGCUUUGUGAAACUCUUGCUGAAGAAAGGGCCAUGGCUGUUAGUGAACAGCAAGCCACAAGGGCACAACUAGAACGUCUGCAGUUGGAAAAGGAACAGCUGGUUUGUGAGCUUAGGGAACUCAAAGAGAAAAUGUCAACAUAUGAGUUUGUGGCUCUUGAAAAAGAGACUGCAAAAGAGCAGGAGAUGCAACUAACACAUGAAAUUUCCAGCUUAAAGGCUAUAAUUACAAAUGCUGAAGUUUACAAUCAGGAUCUUCAGGAGGAAAUAAACACAAAAGCUGAGCUGAUCAAAAAACAAGAGAAGGAGAUUGAGAUGCUGGAAAAUCAGGUCAAUGAGUUGAAGAUGGAAAAUGAGAAAGCAGAUCUUUCCUUCUCAAUAGUAAGCCUGAAUGAAAUGCAGCAAAUGAAACAAUCUCUCAGGGAUGCUGAAACAAUAGCUCUGGAUGCUAAGAAGGAAUCUUCAUUCCUCAGGAGUGAAAACCUUGCACUAAAAGAGAAAGUGAGCCAGCUGUCAGAUACUUACAGCCAAAUGGAAAAAGAGGUUGAGUGUUAUAGAAGCCAGUUAGAAGCUGGAAAAAUCACGUACAAGAAAAUGCAAUCAGACCUGCAAAAGGAACUGCAGUACUACUUCCAGGAAAAUUCAAAGCUGAUGUCACUCUUGGAGGGUAAAGCUCCAAAAGACUUGUUGUCCUGUAUGGAAUUGGAAAGAAAAAAUGAGGAUUUUAAGAAUGAACUUAAUAAAACUCUGGAAGAAAAUGCAGCUUUAAGAAAAGAAGUAGCUGCAUUAUCAGAAGCUGCCACAGGACAUGACCUUGAAAGCUUCCAGAAAGAGAUACUUGAAAAAUCGGAGAUGAUUGCAUCACUGACCUCAGAACGAGACAGCUUGCUUUCUCAAAUAGCUGAGAAGGAGAGAGUGCUCUGCGAAGUGAAUGAUGCACUAAAAUCCAAAGAGGAUCUUACAAAUGUUGAAGCAAUAAGGGAAAACAUGAUAACUUUUCAGGAGCUGAAGUACCAGAAUAACAAACAGGGUCAGAAAUCCUUGAUUGCAGAAGAGGAAAGCAAACAGGUGGAAGGCCAAGUAGAUGUUCAGUCAGAUGAAAAUCUCAAGCUAAAUGUAAGCAUCAGUGAAAUGACCCAAGAGCUUUCCAGCAAGAUGGAAGAACAGCAAGAGAAGCUUCUCAGUCUGAAUGAACAACUUGGCGAAGCCCACCAGAAGCUGAGCAAAAUGGAACAGCUCAAUGAGCAGCUGAAGGCCUGGGAGGCUAAAAUUGAGGCCGGGGAGACAGAGAAGUUAGUGCUAGCUCAGAGACUUGAAGAAAGUGAGGAAAAAGUAAGGAUGCUGAUCCAGGAGCAAGAGAAGCUUUUCAGUCUGAAUGAACAACUUGGCGAAGCCCACCAGAAGCUGAGCAAAAUGGAGCAGCUCAACGAGCAGCUGAAGGCCUGGGAGGCUAAAACUGAGGCCAGGGAGACAGAGAAGUUAGCGCUAGUUCAGAGACUUGAAGAAAGUGAAGAAGCAGUAAGAGUGCUGACCCUGGAAAGAGAUGACCUGAAGCAGAAGCAGGAGGCUCUUGAGCAGGAGAGAGAUCAGAUCAAGGAAGAUAUCCAAGAGACUGUGUCAAUGAACAUUGAAGCACAGGAAGAACUGAGAAAUGCUCAUGAGUCUCUGAAGCAAUACCAGAAUCAUAUUAAAGAACUGGAAGCAACAGUGGCAGAGAGAGACUCGCAGAUUUCAGAUGUUAAAGAAACUCUGAGGAUUACUGUAGAUCAACAGAAGCAGCAGGUAUCAAAGUUGCAAGAAGAGCUGGAACAUGUCAGUGUGGAACAAAAUCAAACCAAGGUAGAUGCAAGAGAGUCCAUGGAAGAAAAAAACAAGCUCCUGUUAAUGAAGGAACAAAUUACAUCUCUUGAGCAAGAGAAGAUGAUGCUCCAGCAACAACUGGAAACCCUAAAAGAGGAGAAGAUUCGGUGCUUGGAACACCAUCAAAUGUUUUCUGCUACAUCUCAAGACCAGCAAACAGAGAAUACAAGAACCUAUAUGGAAGAACAAGCCUUGGGUAUACUUAGUGAAAUGGAACAAUUGAAGGAACAGUUAAAAGCCAGCAAGACUAGACUUGAAGCAGAGAUGGUAGACAAGGCAGCUCUAGCUCAAAAGCUUCAACAGAAUGAAGAAGCAAUGAGGGCUCUCCUACAGGAAACAGAUGGUCUGAGGGAAAGACAGAAUACCCUACAAAUGGAGAAGGAUCAGUUCAACAAAGAGAUGCAAAUGACCCAGGCAAUGCUGUCUCUUAAGAUGAAAGAGCUGCAAGACAAGGAGACGGAGCUGGAGGAGUUGCUGAGAAUGAAGGAACAGCUUUGCGAAGCCCAGCACAAACUGGAGGAAGAACUGAAGGCUAAAGAAUCAAAACUAGCAGCUGAAAAGGCAGAGAAGCUGGAAAUGGCCCAGAGACUUGGUGACAGUGAAGAAGAGAGGAAAGCCGUAAUCCAGGAAAGGGAUACCCUGAAGCAGAAGUGGGAAGCUCUUCAGACUGAGAUGGAGACUCUCAAAGGACUAGAGGAAGAAACUGCCUUAAAGAGAGAGAAAGCAGAGAUGGUUGAGAAGCUCCACAAGACUACAGAGAACCUCAGAUCUGUAACCAAAGAAAAAGAGAACCUAGAAACUUCAUUGCUGACUCUUCAGGAUGAGAAGAAUAACAUGAUCCAGUCUAUCCACCGUCUAAGCGAGACUGUAGAGAAGACUGUUGCUGCUAAUUUGGAACUGCAAGAACAACUCCGACAUGCUACUCAUUCUCUUAAAGAAUACACUGAAAAGGUAGAAGAAAUGAAACAGCAAAUCAAAGAUAAGGAUUCUUGGAUUUCAAAAGUGCAGGAGACACUCAAGCAAAAGGAUGAAAAUACUAAAGCAGAAAUGGAAAAGUUGCUAGUACAAGUGAAAUAUCUUGAAGAGCAAAUUGAAAUACAGAAGGGCUUUGUGGCUGAAAAGGAGCAGUUAUUUGAGCACUUGAAAGGAAAACAUAGAGAAGAAACUGAACAACUAAGAAAAGAGGUUGUAAAGUCAUCUGAAAAAUUAAGCUCACAAAUUGAAGAAAACAGUCAGUUGCUGGCUGAACAGAGAGGCCAGACAGAGAGCAUGAAACAGCUGGUGAAGGAGAACUCUUUGUUGCAAAAAGAGAAAGAUGACCUACAGCAGGCUAUGAAGAAUUUAACAACGGAAAAUGACCAACUGCGGGAGAAAUGGCAGGAAACCACAACCAAGUUCUCUGAAACAAAUGUUAAACUAGAGCAACAAGAUGGCACUGAAAACUUGGAAGCGAAACUGUUAAUAAUAACGGAGGCCCUGCAGAAAUUCCCAGUGCUGGAGAAGAGGUCUGAAUACUUUAAAAGUAUAGCUCUUCAGGUUAAGAAUGUUCUCGACCACGAGAAGGCGAUAGUAGCCAAAGGAUUUGCUGGUCUCUCACCUCAGCAAGCAAAUAAUGUCAAACGGCUUCAAAUGGAACACGAGCUCAUAUGUAAAGGUCUUUACAGCUUGUUGAACAAGCUUCAGUACUAUUUUAGCCGCCUAUGCAAACGGAAGGCUGAAUUCUAUACCAUCGUCACCAAAUAUGAAAGCGAGUUGCUUGAGGAGAAGAGAAAACAAGAUGAACUGCUAACUCAGAUUCAGUGUCUCAAAAAGCAUGAUCUGAAACUUCAUGGAGCUGGGACCCACCAGCACAGCUGCCCUGAACUGAGCCAGAACCUGGACUUAUACACAGAGCAAAUUUUGAAAGAUAUUUCAGAAAUGGAAGAAGAGCUUCUUAGAAUAGAAGAAAUAUUGCAGCAACUGGGAAGUGAUGGAAAAGAGGUGGCACAGUAUUUGGAACGAUGUUCAAUUCACUUCGAUGAGCAAGACUUUGAGGCAGGAAUGAAACAAGAGAAUGAGAAGCUUUUGCCUGUUGGUCAGUCCCUAAAACCUAAAACUCAGAUCUACGCUCAAGCUAGAUCAGAGCUAGAAACCAAAACUGCUGAAUACUGCAGAGAAAUGGAAGCUGCCCUGAAAGCAUGCAGGGAACAGACAAAGGAGCUACUUUUGGAAUUAAAUGCACUCAAGGAAGAGCAAAAAUCUUGCAGUUCUGCUACCUUUGCACUAGAGGAAGAGAACGAUAAAUUGAAGAAUCAAUUGCAAGAAACACAGCAGGAUGUGACGGCUCUGAAACUGAAAAUCCAAGAGCUAGACAACGUAUCAAAAGAAUCGGGGAGAAAUCUCCAGGAAAAGGAGAAAAGAAUUACUGUAUUAGAAAUGCAACUUAAAGCGAGAGCUUCCAGGAGUGAAGUGGCCAAACUUCAAGCUACGUUAGAGGAAAAAGAGAACUGCCUAAAAAAUGCAUUAUUAGAGAAGCAAACACUCAAGGCUCAGCUGGACAAAGGUGCUGAAUUAUAUAAGGAAGAAAUUGAAGACCUCAAAACUCAGCUUGCUAAAGCAGAUAUGGCAAGGAUGAAGCAGUCCAAAUAUUUUGACCAAGAAAUCGCCAAUGCAAAGGCUCUUGCAGAACAAAGAGAUGAACAAUUGAGAAAGCUAAAGGAAGAACUUCGCAAAACACAACAAGAACAAGAUGUAACUGUGAUAUCAGGCAAAGAUCUUCCGCAGAUUCCUGUACCGAUUACUUGUGGUGGUGGAAGUGGAAUAGUACAGAAUACCCAGGUGCUCGUACUGAAAUCUGAGAAGGCAAAACUGGAAACACAAUAUAAGGAUCUCAGGAAAGAACAUGAGCUUCUGUUGAAAAAUGACCGUACCUUAAAAGAGGAAGUUAAGAAAUGGAAGGAGCGAGCUUUGAAGAGGAGAGACAAAUCCUCCGGAGACAUUACUGAGGAGCAAAGAUUCAAAUCUCCACGGAAGACAGCGCCUCCUUUAUUCCCAGAUGCACCAUGUUCUCCCUCCAGGAAAAGUUCUCUGAAGCCAGUUUUGCCCUUAGACACCCCCCCUUUGCUGCCUUUGAACUGUCCAACAACUUUCUUCGAUAACUCGUGCUUGGGGACCGUUGAAGAUACAGGAUCUGCAGUACAAGAAUCCACUGAAAACAAUCUUAAGCAUUGGAUUGCCACAGCAAAUAAAGAUGCUGCGCCUAACUGUAAGACACAGUAACACUUGGUUCUUUUGUGGAUGCUAAAGAAUACUUUCUGGACAAGACCACUAAAUUCUGUUGAGGAGUUUAGUCUCCGCCGAGGAAAUAGACUUGCCUUCCCUUUGAACAUUUCAAUUUAUUCUAUAGAAUGAUUUUUCCCCAUCCUCCUUUUUGGGGAUGUUUAUCUGCUU